AUGGUCCUGUUUCCACGUUCACACUCGACGGGUCACUCGUUGAUCCAACCGGAAGAGAAGUUAGAACACGGAACGAUUCACGUUGAGGUUGCCAGUGGAGGUGAGGAAAUAGAUAAUGAACCCGAAACUAAACCGGGCCACGAGUAUGGUGUUCUUGCCAAGGGAAGGGAGUUCGAGGCGGGAUACCGAGCAGGUGGGGAAGGGAGUAGCAGAGGGAAGAGUCACAGGAGGAUGGAGAAACCGGACCAGAUGAGUAAAUCGAAGCGGUGGGCGUUUUUUACAAGGGCAUGGUCGAUGAAGUCACCGAAGGUGGCGGCUAAUAAUGAUGGAGAGGGCACCUCAUCUCAACCGGCGGGCGAGGGAUAA